AAACCUUUAUCACUCACAGAAGAUUCCGCCCUCACAAUUUGCUAUUCCGAAGAAAACAUUCAGAUUGACUUGAAAGCCAUUCAAAAGGCUGCUCAUAAAUGCUCCAAGAUCAUCUUCCGAAUUGAAAACUACCAGACUUUAACAAUAGCCGGACUUGAGGAAGAGGUACCUGCAGAAGGCUCAACUAUAAUUCUAGCUGGACGUAGAAAGGUCAUACAACACAUUGGAAAGGAAAAUCCAUAUCCAAUCCAUGUUCAUGUCUUAUCAUGUAAUGAGUCUCAUACUAAAUGGGUUGAUAUCUUGAAUGUUGUUGAUGAACCACAAUCCCCUUGUGACCCCCGUAUCUUUGCCAACAAAGUUGUUCUCGUGUCCUCGGAUUGCACCUGGUGUGAUUUCCCGAUUUACUACGAACAAGUAAUGUCCGUGAAGUCCUUUGCUAAACAUGGCAUUUCCGUUGGAAAAGUCGAGUUUGAGUAUGCUGAUGGCCGAGGUCAUUCCUUUAAAGCAUUAGAGAGUCUUUGCAAGGUUAAAGCUUUAUCAAAAAUCCCAACGGAUCUUGCUGAUAAGAAUAUUGCAUGUCUUGACCACGCACUUAGUGGCCCUUGUUGGGAACUUAAAGAACCAGUCAAUAUCAGACUUGACAUACCAGGCCCCGACUCCAGCUGUCAGAACAUACGUUACACAACACUUAGUAUUAGUGGUGAUAAAAAGCCUAAUCAGAACGAUAUUGAAAACUGCCAUGAUGUUCUAAAUACGCUACAAAGUAUCAAUGCGCAAGAGCUUCGCAUCUCAAAUGUGUGUAAUUGUCCUCCAACCGACACCAACUUCGACCUGACCCAGCUAAAGCUCCGUUUAGCUAAUCCUCGAAAAUACAACCUCAAUGUCAAGACUUUGAUUCUAGACAAUGUUGGUGAUUGCAUUUUAUACCGAAUGCUAGGCUGUUAUGACUUUACUUGCUCAUCUAAAACUGAAGUUCAUCUCCUAAACCACCGCCUCACUAGUCUUGCUAUCGCCCAAAUACUAACCCUUCCUAUAGCCGAAAAGAUCGCCAAACUCAUAAUCGAGGGCGCCACUCGUCUAAAUGAGGUCAAGCAUUUCCACCAGCGAAAGGAAUUGAAUGAGUUCUCACUGUUUAACUAUCUCGAGGAGCGUAAAGAGAAGAAAGAAACUGAAGAGAUUGACCUCCGCAAACUCGUUCUACGCCCAGAACCCAUCAUCUUUGAUGCAUAUACUAUACCCUUACAAGCUCUCAAAGAUCUUGGCGUCCAAGUACUAACCAACCCAAACAAUGACUGCAUCACAGAGCCGCCUUUCCCCACCCAACCUCACAUGGUAGAUAUGAAAGAGCUUACUUAUUGCAUUGCCACCCUUGAUGCCUUAAAAGCCGACCUUGCUAAGUACAAAUCCACUUCUCUCACUCAACCCAACCCAACUCCAACUCCAACUCCAAACCCAGUCCAGCCUGAUUCCAUUACUAAUAUGUUCUUGCGCAUUAGUGACGCUCAUUUCCUAACUAGAACGGAUUUGAAUACUAUUAUCUGCUGGGUAAGUUGCCGAUUCAAAAAUCUAACCUCACUCUGGUUGGCCAACUUUAAACUGACCGAAGAAGACCAAAAGAUCUUGGUUUCGUAUAAGUAUGUGAUCAAUGCUCUACCCUACCUUCAGUUCAUUCAGAUCGAGGACACAAUUCCUAAGCAAGCCCCAAUUGAACUACAGCUACAUCCACAUCUUGAUAAUCUGUUAGAAAUUACUUCAGAUCUUGAACAUACAUUCAUCGCCGUAUCAUCUAAAGUGUUGUCUCAACUUUACACCCAUUGUGACAAAAUUGAGGACCUCAUCCCCAACUACGAUAGUUCCAAUGCAACUCUCCAUACCAUCAUAACUAGCCUCCAGAAACUGAAGAGGGAUGGCGAUGUGCCUUACUGUCCAGGUUGCAAUAGGACUCUUUAUAUGCCAUCGGAAGAAAUGAAAGAUGAUCAGGCAGAUGUUAUGGAAUCUAAUCCCCAACUCGUCUCAGAUACAGGCUUCGAUGCUCUUUGUUAUCUCGAUUGUAAAGCCCCGCUCUGCAUUGAUUGUGUCGAUGCAAUAGAUUCUGUCCAUAGAACUCGCUGUGAGAUUUGUCGUCUUAAAAAGGAUGUGUCUUGCUACAGGCAGCUUGUCGGCACAGAAGUGCCGAUUUUUAUCUUCCCUGAUAUGAGUGUUAACAAUCCUGCUACUGAUUCUGAGUGGCUCCAAACCAGACCAUGGACAGAUAAUCGCCACUACUUCUACAUCCCCUAUUAUAGGCUAUAUUCAUUAAUCUUGAACCACAAGAAAGAGUAUCGUUGGCAUUAA